CAAAUAAAACAGAAAGACACUGUCUUUCAACCGCCUAUAGUAUAGUUAAAACCAUAGAUGAAAAUCUUAAAAUUGUUUGUGUUUGCAAACGAGAUAACAAAGUUUAUAGUUUAAUUAGUCAUAAAUCAUAUAUUUAUGAAGAUAAAAGUUGGAAUCCAUGUAAUGAAAACGUAGAUACUUCAAAUUUAAUUCUUGAUCUUUCAAACUCAAUGAUUGAACUUAGUUUGGAAGAACCACGAGAACAUGUUAGAAAUGUACAAGAAGCUGAUAUAGAAAUUCGAGUACCAAUACACUUAGCGCCUGACUUGUCACCUACUUACACUGCUACUAAUACUAAUGAUAAUGAAGUUUUGGAUGAAUUUUCAACUAAGUUAUCGAUUAAUGAUCUUGGAAAUCUUAUGGAAAAAGUAACAAAAGAUUCUACAUUAUAUUAUCUUGCAAAAAUUUGUGAUACAUAUGAAAGUUUUGAUCCUAAGAAUACUGAUGUAAAAAAAAAACUUGAUGAAAAUUUAAAAAGAGAUAUAACUGCAUUAGUUAAUUCAUCAAAAAAAGCAAAAAAAUUAAGAAACAUAUUUGGUGUUGAAUUUGCGAAGCAAAUUGCUAUUCCACCAUCAGUCUUAAAAAAAACCAAUACUGAUAAUCUUAUUGCAUUUAUUCGAUUUUUUAAAGAAAAUAGCUAG